AUGGACCAAACAAAACACUACAUUGUAUGGGGCGUGGGGCAUGAAUUAUUAGCCAAACAAACUCAGGCUCUGGUACUGAAGGCACAGAACUACAAUCCCAGAAUCCUCUGCGAGCUCAGAGCCUGACUGCUCCGAUCAUGAGAGCGGGGUCUCAAACUAAGCGUUACCGCUGUCAGCAGCCUCUACACCGGGCCGAACACACAUCUUCACCGGACGGAGCAAAGAGACCAAUUAUACGUGUGAUUCGCUAUGACGACGGCCUCAGGGUCAGACUCAGGGCCUCCGAAGGAACGGCAGGAGGAACAGAGGGAGGAGAAGAAGAAAGAGAAGAGGCGAGGAAAGAGAAAGGGAGCGCAGAGGAAAGAGCAGAAUAAGGAGGAGCAGACGCCGACCACAGCAGCAGCAACCGCAGCUCCAUCUCAGUCCCAACCGCCCUCAGCGUCACACAGGCCUCCAAGAGAGAGCUUCCCAGCAGCGACAGAGAUCGCCGAGGACCCCUCCUCCUCAUCAGCAGGCAGUACAUUGGGCGCCCGUACCUCCUCUGAGGACCAGCGCUCCCACAGAUCUUCCAGAAGCUUCCGUCUGUCCAGACCCACCCACGGCCCCCCCAACCAUCUCAGGAAGAUGCAGUGCAGAGUCACACUGCUGGACGGCUCCGACUACACCUGCACGGUGGAGAAGCGAGCCAAAGGCCAGGUGCUGUUCGAUAAGGUGUGUGAACACCUGAACCUGCUGGAGAAAGACUACUUUGGCAUUGUCUACCGGGAUGUGGAGAACCAGAAGAACUGGUUGGAUCCUGUCAAAGAAAUGAAGAAGCAGAUAAGAAGUGGGCAGUGGAACUUUACCUUUAUUGUGAAAUUCUACCCACCUGACCCUGCUCAGCUGCAGGAAGAUAUCACCAGGUUCUACCUGUGUCUGCAGCUGCGUGAUGACAUCGUGUCUGGCCGCCUCCCCUGCUCCUUCGCCACGCACACCGUGUUGGGCGCGCUCACGGCUCAGGCGGAGGUGGGCGACUAUGACCCGGACGAGCUGGGCAAGGACUACCUGAGUGAGCUCCGCCUCGCCCCCAUCCAGACCCGAGAGCUCCAGGACAAGAUCAUGGACCUGCACUGCAACCACAAGGGAAUGAGUCCUGCUGAUGCAGAGAUGCUCUUCCUGGAGAACGCCAAGAAGCUGUCCAUGUACGGAGUAGACCUGCACCACGCUAAGGACUCUGAGGGUGUGGAGAUCAUGUUGGGUGUGUGUGCCAGUGGUUUGCUCAUCUACAGGGACCGUCUGCGCAUCAACCGCUUUGCCUGGCCCAAGAUCCUCAAGAUCUCCUACAAGAGGAACAACUUCUUCAUCAAGAUACGCCCAGGGGAGAUGGAGCAGUUUGAGAACACCAUCGGCUUUAAGCUGCCCAACCACCGCGCUGCCAAGAGAGUAUGGAAGACCUGCGUGGAGCACCACACCUUCUUCAGGCUGGUGGCUCCAGAUGCUCCUCCCAAGCGGUUCAUGUCUCUGGGUUCUAAGUUCCGCUACAGCGGGCGCACGCAGGCCGAGACCCGGAGAGCCAGCUCCCAGAUCCAGAGACCCGCACCCUUUAUCCAGCGCUCCACCAGCAAGAAAUACACCAUGUCCCGCAGCCUGGACGGGGCGCCAGUGUCAGCCAAUCACGACAGCUUGAUGAAAGAGCCCAGGGCCGGCUCUGAGGCCAAUGCCAAACCAGUUUCCACAGGCAACCUCACUCUCCUGGAGACGCCAGAGAAGGUGGUAGAGGAGGAGACCAGCACCACAGAGGCAUCUGACAAGGCCCAACCUGCUCCUGUCACUAAGCACUUUUCCUCGCUCUUCUCCACCGACCCACUGCGUUCCGAGCUCUCCCUCCCCUCCUCGCCAGUCAUCUCCGCCCGCUCCUCCCCCUGCCCCUCCCCUUCCUCCCCCGCCUCAAAGCUCCGUCGCCGCCGGCGACACCGCGAGAUUUCCCGGCAACGUGCCGCCUCGGCCAGCCCUGCCAAAUCCACGGCAUCUGCCAGCCACCUGCGUCAGCAAGCCCGCGCUGAGCGCAAGGUGGCGCUCCUGGAGGAGCAGGCACUUCUCCUCUCCGCACGCAAGCAGCGUCUGGGCGAGGGUGGGGGCGGCGGCACCAAAAGAGGGGGUACGCUCUUCUCCUUCUCUCUGCACCUGCCGGACCUGUCGGCCCUGCUGGACGAGGAUGGCUACCUGUCCUUCCCGGACCUGACGGAGCUGAGCAUUCUGCCCGAGAGCGUGACCCACUUCCUGCCCAUCCGCUCGCCCUCGCUCAUCCCCUGCUUCCUGUUCAUCUUCUUCUUCCUGAUCUCCACCUCCUUCUCCGUGCCCAUGGCGCUCACACUCUCCUUCCCGCUCGCACUCUGCCUCUGCUACCUGGAGCCCAAGGCCUCCUCGCUAACUGCCACGUUUGCACAGGGCUUCCACGACAGCUCCGACGACGACGAAGACGAGACGGACAGCGACCAGACGGACUUUGUGUACGAUGGCGAAACGACGGCCUCAGAGUCUGACCAAGAGGAAGAGGAGGCUUGCGAUCUGAAGACAAAGAACAGCCUCAUCAGGCGGAUCCGAGGAGAGAACGUCUUUGUGAAGCACAGCAAUCUCAUGCUGCAGGAGACUGACAUGCCUGAGGAGGUACUGAGGCGGCAGACCAACAUGAGCGAGCUGAAGCGCUCGUUUCUGGAAGCUUCCACACUCCGCCCCGGCCAGACAGAGUGGGAGCGUCGCAUGUCUUCCUCGCCCGUCUCCGCCCAUCGCCAUAGCAACCCGUCCACCACCAAGCCCCCCCUGCCCCUACAGGAAAUGGCAGAAGAUGACAAAGACACACCUGCCAAUGACUCAGAGGACAAGCAGCAAGAGAGCCCAGUAGAGGAUGCAGAGGGAGGGGAGGCUGCAGCCGAGGAGCCGGAGGAGGAGCAAGAGGAGGAGUCAGAGGAGGGAUCAGAGGAGGCACAAGGGGAGGAGCCGAAGGAGGAGCCAGGGACCAAAGAGUUGCCAGUCGUUCACACAGAGACCAAGACCAUCACAUACGAGUCAGCAGAGGGGGACACAGAUGCUGACGCGGACCCUGGUGUGCUGAUGAGCGCACAGACCAUCACCUCGGAAUCAACCAGCACUACAAUGACCACGCACAUCACUAAGACGGUAAAGGGAGGCAUCUCUGAGACCAGGAUUGAGAAGCGCAUCGUCAUCUCCGGAGACACCGACAUCGAUCACGACCAGGCUCUGGCUCAGGCCAUCAAAGAGGCGAAGGAGCAGCACCCCGACAUGUCAGUCACUAAGGUAGUGGUGCAUAAGGAGACGGAGAUCUCCUCGCCGGAGGAGGUAGCCCAGUGACCCAGUCUCCAUUUACACCUGAUGGGAAAAUACGAUCUGUGUCUGGACAGCUUAUCGCAACGAGGAAAUCAAAGUGUGGGUGUGUGUACAGAUAUGAGGGGUGUAAUUGGAUACGGUACUCGUGACUGGAAUGUGGUUGGAUCUGCCAAACCACUGCUAGAGGAAGUCUGUCCCAUGGUGGGUUUGGAGGUCAGGCGGAACAUAGUAAACAUAGUAUGCAUAGUAAACAUAGUAUGCAUAGUAUGCAGACUGUUUGUAGUAACAACUCUGUGUGGUCAGGUGUAAAUGGUCACGUGUGUUAAGAUGCUACCUCAUCCAGACUCUAAUGUCCUGGCACAGAUCCCAUGCUAAAUCAGGGUGUAAAUGGGGCCUUUAGUAUGGCUUAGGCUCUGUUCCAGCUUCAUCACUAACCAAAAGAGAGACUGGCCUCCUCUCUCACUCUCACUCUCACUCUCUCCGUCUCAGAGUGGAGAGUCUCAGUGUGUUGCCUGUUCAUAUCUGACUUGCUCUCCCACACUGGCCCAUCAAGCUCUAACUAACUCCGGCAUUCCUGAGGUUCUAAAGCUGGCUGCUGGUUCUAGAACACUGGGGGAAAUAAAUGUCACUGUAACCUCACUGGUGGACUUAACAAAAUGUUAAGCCGUCGUAUCGGUAGAAAUGUAACGCAUCACAUAAGCACAUGUCCGCACCAUAGUAAGAGAACACAGUUCAGCUGCACAGACACGUAUAUGUUUGCACACAUAAGGAGACAGACACAUAAACACGCACGCACUCACUUACGCAUACACACACACACACACACAAACAUAC